AUCUUCUUCUACGACCCAUGCUGGGAGCCAUAAAUUCAAAACAGAGACAUAGUCCGUCUGCAACCCAACAACCCAUUCUAGUCUACCUAUUGAAGACAAGCAAAGAAUUCCAAAAUGUUUGAAGCGCAAAUGCAAGAUGGAAAGAUUUUCAAGGCAAUUAUUGAAGCCAUCAAAGACCUCGUUCAGGAUUGCAAUCUGGAUUGCAGCGAGGAAGAAGUAGCAAUCCAGUCAAUGGAUUCCGCCCACGUUUCUCUAGUUGCCGUCCGUCUCAGCGCUGGUGGUUUUUCCAAUUAUCGCUGUGACAGGCCUAAUUCCUUGGGAAUUAACACAGCGAACAUGUCGAAAAUUCUCAAAAUGCUUGGUAAAGAUGACUCGAUCACCUUCAAAGCAGAGGAUGAAUCACCCGACAACCUCACGAUGUUGUUUGAAGGAGGGAAGACAACAAUUGCUGAUUUCGGUAAGUUUGCGAGAAUUUUCUUGUAAAGCAGUCCAGACAUAGAACUUGUCGAUAGUUUCAUGUACUCAUAUUGUUUCCCAAUCCUGUCAAUUCUUACAGAUUUGAAGCUCAUGGAUAUCGAGGCUGAACAGCUCGGAAUUCCUGAUACCCCGUACCAGUGCACUGUCCAGAUGAAUGCUGACGAAUUCCAACGAAUUGUCCGCGAUCUGCAAGUCUUGGGCGAUACUUGUACUAUCUCGUGCGGUAAAGAAGGAAUCCGCUUCAGUGUCACGGGGAACAUAGGUAAUGGGAACAUCCUUAUCCGUAGCAAUGAUGAACAAAACGAGAAAGAUCGUGUCACCAUCACAAUGGAUGAACCAGUUGAACUGAACUUUGCACUUCGAUACCUCAACUUUUUUACCAAAGCCACUCCCCUGUCCUCUUCUGUCAUCAUUUCCAUGUCCCCUGAUGUCCCCGUUGUCGUUGAAUAUCCUAUCGAAGAUUUCGGUCAUAUCAAAUUCUAUUUGGCACCCAAGAUUGAGGAGGAUUAAAUUUUCCAUAGAAAUGGGGUGGGUUAUACCAAUUGGCACUUACUGUAAUAUUUCUGGACCUGACUUGUUUCGCGCUGUUUCAAGUAGCGUCUCUAAAAUCUAGUAGUACCGAAAAAUGCGUUCACUUUCGUGACAAAAGCUGUGUUGUGGUUCAAAAUCACCGAUUACAUGCGCUUCGGCGUCAAUAGAUAGGCCUAUUUAGAACAAGUCUUCCUCGAUGCGAAAUCAACUACGAAAUGGAGCGUGUCGAUUUGAGGAAAACAAUACUAAUGGCUGUCAAUAGAACCAUGGUAAAGUGAAGUCGAAAAAUACCGAAUAAAUAAUUCUGUAAAUGCAAUUUUUUUAAUGCGGCUUCAUGACGAGAGUGACUAUGAUGGUUCAAGCGUACCGGUUGAAAACAUCUUGAAGAGAUCUCAAUUCACAACAGUCAACUGCCGAAUCCUUCUCCGGCAUCGUCACCCAGCAAUAGCUCCCACCAUUUGAGGAGACAGAGAUAGUUGUCGACACAAAUGUUCUUGAGUUCAGAGUAAUACAGAUGGUGGUGCCUUUCGUUGGUAUAUUCAGCAAUAUGUUUGGAUGAUCAAAGGUGAUAAGAGCCUUUUGCUCAUCAUUUAUUGACUUGAAGGCACGCGUACACUGAUCCAACUUUCCAAGAAAUUUCCCAAGCUCAAAAAGGGAAUCUUGUAGUGAAGAAGAAUUCAGCUCGAGAGAAAUCUCGCCCCCCGCAAGCAUCGCUAGAUGCCUUCGAUGAAAAUCGAGAAUACACGCAUUGUCUCUGU